GUGUCGUUAAAGCGACACACGGGACUGAAUCUAUUUUUCAAUGCAUUCAUUUGAUCCGAAAGACGAUGACAGUUCCGGUCGGUCUCCUUCGCCUGGCUCCCCUACCGCACGGUGCGGCACACUUUUCAUCCCCAGUGAGGAGCAACAUCUACCGUAUCAGCAAUCCCAGUGAAGCCAGAGCCGGAGUACAUUCAUAGUCGUUGUAGAAACCCCGACAAUGGAAAGGAAGGUGAUAGAGAGAAACCGUGAUCCCAUGGGAUUCGUUCUCACUUCGUGGAAAUUAUUGCAGCAACACGGCAAUAACCAUGGCCAUCAGUACGCAACAGGAAGAAGGGAUUCGACGGAGAACGUUUCGGUGGGCUACAGCCGCAGUGUUUUCGGCGGCUUCGAUUGGCCUAUGCUUUGCGUGUCAUGCCAAAACCAGGAUGUUAGAACACAACGGCGAGCUCGAAACCCGCCGUGCAGCACUGCACAGUGGCCUGGAUGACGACACAACAGAUAUGAUGUUGUUCUCUCGGAGACUCGAUCUUGAGGCUGACGAGACCAAUGUCCUAGAGUUUGCAAGUAAAAGCCAAGACAACGCCACACUUGGAUCCACUACUAGUAGUGGUACGGUCAGCAAUGAAACACAAACCUCUGCUCCCAUCAUUGCUGGACUCUCCGCUGCCACGAUUGCCGAUAUCCAAGAAGAAGGUUCAGCACAGUACAUAGCGUAUCAGUGGCUGCUUGCGGAUCCAAAUCUGAAUACCUUUGAUCAAAGAGCUUUGCGAUCGCGCUUUGCCAUGGCGACACUUUAUCAUGCAACGAGAGGGGACACCUGGACCCUGAACAACAACUGGCUGUCUUACAACCAUUCAGUUUGCCAGUGGUAUUCAUCACUAGAUGACGAAAGGAUUCCAUUCAUUUUCCCUGGCUUUGAAAGCCCAUGUUACGACAGGGAUUCGGAUUACCUACAGAACCUUGUGUUGGCGGAUCAAAACAUGAAAGGAACUCUUCCCGAGGAAAUCAGUUUGAUGACUGGUCUCAGCAGUAUCUUUCUCAACAACAACAGCCUGGCUGGAUCUGUGCCAUUUUCAUGGGUGAACCUUUCAAGUCUUAUUCACCUAUCACUCAACAACAACCACUUGCAGGGCACCAUCCAUUCGGAUCUCUUCUCAUUGACGAACCUACAGCGCUUGGAUCUUUCAUUCAAUGCUAUCCAAGGGACUCUGCCUACUGAGAUUGGCCGUGCCGAGAAAUUAGUGGCCUUGGUUUUGGAAGCGCAUCAACUUGUGAGCCCUCUUCCGUCUGAACUGGGAUCAGCUACAAACCUACAAUACCUGAAUAUGGGUAAUGGCCAUCGGAUAGAAUUCAGGAAAGCUACAUCAAAGACCCCACAGAGACUCUUCACAGAGAUUGGGCGGUUGACCAAACUUCGAACAUUCUUGGUUCCCUACACGUACAUGUUCGAACGGGGUCUCCCAGAGGAGUUGUUUGAUCUCACGAGCUUGAAUUGGUUGGAUUUGAAAGGAGCUGGGGCACUCAACUCUGAACUGCCAACAUCCAUUGGGAGGCUCACCAACCUGGUCUCGCUCGAGCUCACCCAUAACAGCUUUAUUGGAAACAUACCCAGUGAGCUCGCCUUAUUGACCAAUCUUGCUGAUUUCAAUGCUGAGUUUUGUGACUUCACUGGCAAGAUUCCAAGUGAAGUGGCGACAAUGACAAACCUCAGAAAGUUCCUAUUAUGCUACAAUCUACUUUCAGGUAGCAUUCCAGAACAACUUGGUUCCCUGACUGCACUUGAUGAUCUUCACCUAUGUAGAAAUGACUUCACGGGGCACAUUGCAACCACACUAGGGCUCCUGACUGAACUAACCCAUCUGGAUCUGAAAGGGAACUUUCUGAGUGGCCAAGUUCCUCCAGCGUUGGGACAGCUCAACACCUCUGAAGCAGUAUUGGAGAUCCAAGGAAACGAAUUGACUGGAGUGGUACCUCCCGGGGUUUGUGAUACUUUCUCUAGAAUCUUUGCAGAUUGUGUUUCAGAGGUUGAAUGUGGCUGCUGCACAAGCUUUGAAAUGCUUCCAAUGAUUGUUGCUUGUGGGGGACAAUAGACUACUAGUAGUAGACAACAGACGCAACAGUGCAGAGAAACCCGUUGGUGAAUCGAAUUAUUCGAUUUGAUUUUUAAUCGGAGCUCGGUUGAAGUUCCUCUGUGUUCCUGCUCUCCCUUUGGCCAGUAAGACCCCAGUAACCACCAGGAAAACCACUGGCACAUGAGGGGGCCAACGUCCUAAUAAUGAUUGUUUCAUUCUAGCCGUCGGGAAUUUACAGUAUACAGUACAGUACCGUUACCCAACAGUAAGAGCUGAGCUGUUUAAGUACAAGAAUGACUUCUU